AUGGAGAACAGCACCACUGUCACUGAGUUCAUCUUGCUGGGACUGUCCAAUGCCUGCGAGCUGCAGAUGUUCAUCUUCCUGGGCUUCCUCCUGAUCUACCUCCUCAUACUGCUGGGAAACUUCCUCAUCAUCAGCAUCACCCUGGACCGGCGCCUUCACACCCCCAUGUACUACUUCCUCCGCAACUUUGCUGUCCUGGAGAUCUGGUUCACCUCUGUCAUCUACCCCAAGAUGCUAACCAACAUCAUCACAGGACGUAAGAGCAUCUCCUUCCUUGGUUGUUUCCUGCAGAUGUUCCUCUAUUUCUUCCUGGGUACCACUGAGUUCUUUCUGCUGGCAGUCAUGUCCUUUGACAGGUAUGUGGCCAUCUGUAACCCCUUGCGUUAUGCCAGCAUAAUGAGCAAAAAAGUCUGUGUCCAGCUUGUGCUUUGCUCAUGGAUGUCAGGAUUACUUCUCAUGGCGGUCCCCAGUUCUAUCAUAUUCCAGCAGCCAUUCUGUGGCCCCAACAUCAUCAACCAUUUCUUUUGUGACAGCUUCCCACUCCUGGAACUUGUCUGUACCGAUACAAGCUUGAUAGAGUUCCUGUGCUUUGUUCUUGCCAAUGUCAACCUCCUGGGCACUCUGGCUGUGAGUGCCACCUGCUACGGCCACAUUGUCUACACUGUCCUGCGCAUCCCUUCAACAAAGGAGCGGAAGAAAGCCUUCUCGACUUGCUCCUCUCACAUCAUUGUGGUUUCUCUCUUCUAUGGCAGCUGUAUCUUCAUGUAUGUCCGCUCCGGCAAGAGUGGGCGCGGGGAGGACCAUAACAAGCUGGUAGCGCUGCUCAACACUGUAGUGACACCAACACUCAACCCCUUCAUCUACACCCUGAGGAACAGGCAGGUAAAGCAGGUAUUUAGGGAGCAUGUGAGCAAGCUCCACACACUGAGCCAGACGUGA